AUAAAAUAGUACAUCAUUCACAAAUGAUGACGAUUUGUUUGCAACAAAGUUCAAAUUUUUGCACACGAUAUUGUUUUCUAAAAAAUUGAAAUAUGACUGAAAAAGCCUUCGAUAGUGAUGGAAAACCAAUCGUGCGUCUAGAUCACUUGUAAAAAGGAUCUUAGCUAACGAUCCGAAGAGAUUUUGUGGAAAAUACAUGUUGAAAGAAAUGAUUGGAGAUAAUUUUGAUUGCGACGCUCGUUAUGAGCGCAAUAAAAAACAUGCGUGGGCGGUUGUAAAUUCUUUAAAUAUUAUUCCUGUUCCUUCUGAAUAUAAUGGAAAGCCAGAAAAUUUACGUAGCAGUGCAGCUACUUUCUACACCACUCCAAUUUCGUCUGUAUGGCAAUCAGAGUGUGGCAAUUUCAUUUUGUUCCCUCCUGAUGAUGCCUACACUUUUACUACGAUUGAAAAGUUUCACACCAAGGACUGGUUUCCGAGGAUCAAUUUUAAAGAAUAUUUGUGUUACCCAUCGAGUGGCACAAAAUUCAACAUUCGAAAUCCAACGAAUUGGAAGCAAUUUAUGGGAAAUUGUAAGAAAAUACUAAUGCGUCGAGUUUUGAGUGAUUCCGAGGCGCCGAGCAACAAAUCUAAACCGUCGGAGAAACAAGCAACUAACACAUUCAAAAAGCUUCUAGUGAAAAGUGGGAUAAAAGCUGUUGACAGAAAAUUACCAUCUGCAAUGAACAUUUUUGACCAAGAUGCUCCUACCAGUCAAUCUCGAUCUUUGAAGCGCAAGUUUUUUGAUGAGGUGAUGUCCUCUGCUGACAAAUUAGAACCGAAGUAUAAAAAGCUGGCGAAGGGUAAUAAAUUGGCAGAAAAAGAUCCCAAGGAUUCAAAAAAAUUGCUUGAGAAAACAGAAUUGAGAAAGCAGCAGACCAUAAAAAUGAAAACUCCACCAGUAUCAGCGAAACAAAAAUUGGCUUCUGUUAUAUCUUACAAAUCAGACAAAGCGAUGAAACAAAUUAACUUAUUUCCGAAAGAAGAUGACGAAGCUGGUCCAAAAUUGCAAGCUUUUGUGGAUUCAAUUUCAGGAACACAUUGCAGUCAAAGGUUGUGUGACUCUGACUUUGACAGUCCUCAACCUGGCAGUAUUCCAAGCAGCUCAGAUAUAGAAUUGACUAAUCAAGGGCAAGAAGUUCUUGAUGUUGUUGUUGAACGAAAUCUCCUACCACCACCAUCCGCAGUUGCUUCACCAAUUAUUCAACAAGAAACCAGGGCCAGUAGACGCAAUGUUGGUUCUGCUGUAAUUAAUUAUGCAGAAACGAAAAGUGACAGUGGAUCUGAUUUUGCUCAACCGACUUCAUUCGACUUUUCAAUUCCUUUACAACAACCAGCAAUUCUGAAACCUAUUGUACAUAAUAAGAGCAUAGUGACUGCUGUCCGCAAAACUCCAUCUCCAACUAUAUUAAUUGUUCCAACCCGAGGUUAUACCUCUGUUCCUGUUGUUGCCAUACCCCGGGACAAAGAAAUUCAAGAUCUAUUUUCAACUAUGAGCACUGAAAAUAUGGUGACCAGCAGUCAAGUCAGCAAUUUUGAUCUCAAUAACACAUGCGCUUCGGUCAUCAAGUAUAUGAAUGAAAAUCCGUCUGGAAGUGGAAUUUUGUUAAAUCUGCUAACAACCGUCAAAGACAUUCAGGUUGACCAAAAACUAUUGAAAAAUCAAUUUUAGCUUUUGGUUUCAACUCUCAAUCGCGAUAGGAGGUUUUUAACAAUCGAUGGGAACAGUGAUUUUUACUUCUCCAUGGCAAGCGAAAUUCAAAAAAUUUGCCAAUUACCUUUGUCAAAAAUUGGCGAUUUAUGCGUUGCCGAAGAAAUGUUCAAGAAUGCUGAUUAUGUCAGCUUCUUGUUAAUAAUUUUCAUUACGAAUUCGGUUGCUGGUGGCCCAGUGGGAAUGGUGGCUGGGUUCGUGUGGGAUAAGUUUUUUACCCCAAGCUUAUCCAGCCUCAUUGCCUGGGCCAGCAUUGAUGAAUGCAGGGAAGAUGGCUUCAAAGAGUUUGGUAGGAAAGAUGGGGAGAAGAAGAAAUUGCUGUUGUUUAAAUCACGUUUUCCGAGAUUGACCCAAAUGAUUUACCACAUCAUUCGGCGACGUGCAAUGCUGAGUGAAAA